UCGCAGUCUUUCGUUCAUUGAAGAGCACUUCGAAAUCUUCCGAAAUUUCUCCCAGGCCUCUAGCGAUAUCUCCACUGACGCAGGAUAAGUGAAACGAUGCCGGUAUAUCACAUCUACUGCUCGCAAAUCCAAUCCGGGCCGUCAAAGUCACAAUACGCCAAAAGGCUUAUCAAACUCCAUGCAGACACUUUCCACACCGAUCCUGAUGCCGUCAGGGUUAUGUUCAAGACCACACUUCGUGGUGAUGUCGUCAAAUCAUAUGGCGGCUACGGCUUCUCGCCUGCGAAGGGACCGUUUGGUGCAGCGAUUGUCGGGGAUCAUAUGAUUGCCCAUAUUGACUUCCGCGGCCCUCUAGAGGUAUUGCAGGAAUACUUUAGGAAGGUGACUGCAUCGUACGGGAAUAAUCCUCCGCUUUCCUCGAUUUACUGGCAGAAAUUGGAAGCAGAAUUUGAAUUUGGGGGUUUCAUUUCUCAUCCCAAAACGAGCGAAGCGGCAAGCAGCAGUGAUGCUCCUCCGCCGCAUUAUACUGAACAGCUGAAGGAGUAAUUCAAGAGUGUUCUAUUUUAAACCUUCUCGUUCUACCAAUCGCUCAAAUACUCAAGACAACUGAGUCUCUACGGUCUACAGUUAAUACCGAAUACGCUGUUUCUGCUCUCUGGCUUCCCUCUGGUACCUGGUCCGAUUU